AUGGAGCCCAUUGUCACGACGCAAGGGAAGCUGACUCAGCUGAGGUACGAGCUUCCGCAUCGCGUACACGACUCUACCGUAUACCCCGUCAAAGCCCCCAAUGGCUCGACCAUCGUACUCUACGGCCACGAGACUGGCGUCGGCAUUCUAUGGAGAGGCGGACGGCCCUUGAAGAAGACUGCGCCGCCUCCCAAGCAGCCGGCGAAGCCAGCGAAAGUCAAUGGAACAAGCAAGGAUGCCAUCAUGAUCAUCGACUCGGACGAUGACGAGCCUGCCAAAGCUGCCGCGGAGCCGCUGCCUAAGGCCGAGUUUGAGGAUGAAGAAGAAGAGCUCGACCCAGACCAGCCGUAUGCCUCGAUCGUUCAGCAGCUGUCUCUGUCGCUCAGCACCCAAGUCCUCCACAUCGCCGUACCCCAAAUACCGAGCGCGUCUACCCUCCGACCCGCAGAUACCAUACCUCCCAUAUUCAGUCAAAACAUCGUCUUCACUGUCGCAUGCGCCGACUCGACCAUCCGUGUCAUUACGCUGCCUCUGAGCCCUCCUCCGCAUGUCGCAAAAGACAAGCUAUACAGCGCGAAGCCACAAUUCGGCGAGAACGUUGUCAAGGUCCACGGUCACCAGAGCAUUCCCAUGGGUGUUACUAUGACUUGGACCGCAAGGGGAGAACCAAGCUCUGCAGAAGAUGGGGACGACGAUGUGGAUAUGGACGAAGAGGAAGAAGACACAGCGAAUUCUAGGCGCAAACCCCAAUCGCGCGCCGACGGGGGCUUCGACAUACUUGUGGCAUCCCACUCCGCCGAAUUGGGAGGUCUGCUCAAGCUGUUCCGUUUUGAGCUAUCGGAGACGGCACUCCAGGUGUCCCAUCCUGUCGCGCCUUACAAGACGCUGGCUCUCAGCAAGCCUGCCUCUCGUAUCGCUUUCAACACCGCUCAAUAUCCGAAGCCUCGCCAUUCGCAACUGCUCAUUGCGGACUCAGCAGGUACUACGCGCAUCUACGAUCCUUUCACAUUACCGACCCGUAAACGACGAGGAAGCGGUAGUCGCGCAGAGCCUGGAGCAUUCAUUGGGACCUUCAGGUCAUCCUUCGAGAGCGUCAAGAAUGUUGCGCUCACUCCUGCUGUUCUCCCAUCGCGCAAAGCUAUCAUCGACGUAGCGUGGGCUUCCGAUGGUCGUCAUAUAAUAGCUCUCCUGGCAGAUGGCGAGUGGGGCGUCUGGGAUGUCGACCGGUCUGGUCCAAGUCCUCCAGCAGAUCCAUCGGCAUUUUCUCUUCGGGGGUAUGUUGGUACAGCCGAGAAAGAAGGAACCUCUGGCGGCGCAUCGAGUCCAAAGCGCGGAAGCCGCAAUUCACUCGCUCCAAUGACACCGAAUACACGAAAGCGGAAAGAGGAAACAUUGUUCCAGGGCAGCGCGUCAAGUUCGACAGUAGCAACCAGAGGUGGCGUUUCUGUCGCGAGCAUCACGUCGAACAACGGAGUAUCGGCAGAGGACUCGGUCCUCAUUUGGUACGGGUUCGAGAUCCACAGGAUAGCAGAUCUGAUGAAGUUCUGGACUCGCACUGCUUCCGCCAGCAGCGGAGGUUCCUUACCUGGCCCUGGUCUCCAACAACAAGAUGUUGUACUUUGCGGCGAAUCCAUCACCUCGGUCUCACAGUUCGACACCACAGCCCAAGCCUCGCGCAUGGCCGUUCCAAGAGACAUUCUCAUCUCAGCAGAGCACCGCCUCAUCAUCACCGCCAGCACCAGCCAGCCUCUUGGACGUGAUCUAAACGCCAUGUUCGCGCGCGAAAAGGUGGAAGACGAAACAUCGACCCGAACAGACCAGGCUCUCCUCACUCGUGGCGAGCUUGAUCUCGGUGGCAUGGACAGGAUGCUCGAAAGCAUGGAAGGCAGCGGAACUAGUGCAGCCGUUUCCAAGAACCUGACCAUGGGUGGGCCUCGGAAGGUUCUCUUCGCCUCGUCAGCGGCUUGA